CGACGAUCCCAUUCUUGUCCUGCAGGCAGCAUUCCGGGUGGAGAGUGUGAGAGAAAGAGAAAGACUGGGGAGAUUUUUAAGGCCGUAUACUUAAAAUUGUGUACAGCAAGAGCUAAUCGCUGUGCCCACUGACCCGGUGCGGAGUCUAAGCAGGAUAUGGGCUCUCCAGGCGAGAUCCCGGGACAAAACAUGGAGCUCUAAGUCAGCUCUCUCCAUCCAUCUCUAUUUCCUGCCUUGCCCGCUGCUCGCCAAAACCAUCUCCACUACCCUGCUGUAGCGGUUUGGCUCAGACUCCUUCAAGAAAAGAAGAGGGGGGGAAAAAACCCAAGUGGGAGGGAGCGGUAAACUUUCCCCAGCUGCUGUCCAGACACACACAUGCUGCAUUGCUGCCAUUCCCCAAGCCCUGCUCCAUCCAUCUCUAGGGCACUGCCACUAGCUUGCUAGCGAGCUAGCACUUUGCACAAACACAAGGCCUGUCCUUGGGGAUAAAAAUACAAGCACAAGGCUGUGUGCAAUUGCCUCUUUCUUUUAUCUCACUUUUUCCGGGUCACUCUGCCACACACUCGCUAACUGGGGCUCCUUUUGUUGAGCUGUCAUUCCUGCUGCAUUGAACGGUGGAGGAUUGCUGGUAUCCAGUCAGUCAGUCAUUCAUUCAUACAGACAGGCUGAGGAAGCCAGAGGGGUGGGUUAUCAGAGGCCAGGAUGAUGGAGCCCAGCAUGGAGAACUGCCUGGCUCUGGUCCUGCAGAAGGACAUGGGUCGACGGCUGCAGGUGGGGCAGGAGAUCAUCGAUUACUUUUUGGACAAAGAGAAGUCCCACGACCUGGAGCAAGAUCAGACGGCGCUGGACAAGAUGGUCGACGGCAUCGCCAGCACCUGGGUCAACUCCAGCAACUUCAAGGUGGCUCUGCUGGGUUUGGACCUUUUAUCUGCCUUAGUGACGCGGUUACAAGAGAAAUUCAGGACCCAGGUGGGCACAGUUCUGCCCAGCCUUAUCGAUCGAUUGGGAGAUUCAAAAGACCAAGUGCGAGAUCAAGACCAAACAGUGCUGCUUAAGAUCAUGGAACAAGCUGCCAGCCCGCAGUACGUGUGGGACCGAAUGCUGGGAGGCUUCAAACACAAGAACAACAGGACCAGAGAAGGAGUGUGCCUUUGCCUCAUCGCCACGCUGAGCACAUACGGAGCUCAAGGCCUGACCCUCAGUAAAAUAGUUCCCCACAUAUGUAACCUCCUGGGGGACCCGACGAGUCAGGUACGUGAUGGUGCAAUGAGCUGCUUGGUGGAGAUCUACAGACACGUGGGUGAGAGGGUGAGGAUGGAUCUCAGCAAAAAGGGCCUUCCACAGUCACGGUUGAAUGUAAUCUUCAGUAAAUUUGAUGAAGUCCAAAGAUCUGGGAACAUGAUCCCCUCCUCUGGCUCAGAUAAGAACUUUGAGGAUGAAGACUCUGUGGAUGGAGGCCGGUCCUCCUCUUCUUCUUCGUCCAAAGCGCCCCCCAGUGGCAGGAAGCCUGUAAUGACCUCUGUUAGGAGACCCAGCUCAGCCACAGCUAAGCCUUCAGCUAAAGAAGCUGCUGCCGGUGCUGUUGACGAAGAGGAUUUCAUCAAAGCCUUUGAAGACGUUCCCUCAAUCCAGGAUUUUCAAGAAGAACCAGACUCAGCUUUGACGCAGUCGCCACCACCUCCUGAUGCCCUGCCAGCUGAACCUUCAGUCAUGGUUUCAGUCCUGGGGGGUGAGGUUGUGGUGGAUAAGCAGCCAAGCCAAGAAGUGAAACCUGUAAAGUUGCCAGCUCCACCACUUCUUUCAGGUAAACCUGAUGAACCUUUGACCUUCAGUCAGGCUAAAAUACCAGAAGAGCCUUUCCAAGACCAAGAACCAGACUCUGCUACAACAAUGCAGUCACCACUACCUCCUGAUGUCCCGCCAGCUGAACCUUCAGCCAUGGUUUCAGUUCUGGGGGGUGUAGUUUGGAAUUGGCAGCCCAGCCAAGAAACCGCUUCUUUGCCUGCUCCCCCACCAAAUAAAACUGGUGCUGAUGAAACCUCUGCUGUCACCCAUGCCAUGGAAGAAGAGCCUUCACCAGUCUCUCCUGAGGUCCAAACUGCACAUACGCCUGUAACCCUGCAAGCUGAGCCUCUAUACACGGUCUCAGGCCCGGGGGGUGAAGUGAUAACAAAGCAGCCUAGCAGAAUACCAGGUCUCCAGAUCUCUCAUGAUGUGGUGCAGGCUGAGGUCCCUGAGGCUGGAAUCGGAGGUUUCUUCGGAUGGUUUGGGAAGGCGAUCUACUGCUGCAUCAAGCCUGAAAAAUCGGCUAAAGACCUGCGCUCACAGGUGGUUCGAGAGGCCUGCAUCACACUGGGACAUUUGUCAUCACUGCUGGGAAACAAGUUUGACCAUGGAGCGGAGAGCGUCAUGCCCACACUGCUGAACCUUGUGCCCAACAGUGCCAAAGUCAUGGCCACGUCUGGAAUGGCCGCCAUCCGCCUCAUCCUCAGGCACACACACUAUCCACGUCUCAUCCCCAUCAUCACCAGUAACUGCACGUCCAAAUCGGUAGCAGUGAGACGACGCUGUUAUGAGUUCUUAGACCUCAUGUUACAAGAGUGGCACACGAACACACUGGAAAGACAUGUGGCUGUUCUGACCGAGACCAUCAAGAAAGGCAUACACGAUGCAGACUCUGAGGCCAGAUCCAUCGCAAGAAAGUGCUACUGGGGUUUCCAUGGACACUACAGUCGAGAGGCAGAGCACCUCUUCCAGGCGCUGGAGUCGACCUAUCAGAAGGCCCUCGCGUCUCACCUGAAGAGCUCCGACAGCAUCGUGUCUCUGCCUCAGUCUGACCGCUCCUCCUCGUCCUCCCAGGAGAGUCUGAAUCGGCCAUUGUCUGUGAAGAGUGUCAUUGGAGGGAGCAUAACCAGAAGUAAGCUUGUGAGCGCCAGGGUGUCUUCGACGCCGGGUUCUCUGCAGCGUUCUCGUAGUGACAUAGACGUUAACGCCGCCUCCAACGCCAAGUCCCGUCUGUCCACUGUUCCUGCCUCCUCGCCGUUCGGCUCUGCAGCGGCCCUUCCCCCGGGGUCCUACGCCUCGUUAGAUGGCACUCCUGGUAAAAGUGAUGGUCGCGUUCGUACCAGGAGACAGAGCUCAGGCAGCGUGGGCGGGGCCAGUACCUCGGUGGUGGACAGCAGGGGGCGCAGCCGAGCCAAAGUAGUCUCCCAGUCCCAGCGAUCCAGAUCAGCCAAUCCCAUCAGUGCUGGCAGUCGUUCCAGCUCUCCAGGAAAGCUGCUCGGUCACGGCAGCUACGGCCGGAUCCCUCGAGCGACGGUGUCAGCCGCCAACACACCAUUGGACAAACGCAGCAGAAUCCCUCGUAGCCAGGGCUGCAGCCGCGAGACCAGCCCCAGCCGACUGGGCCUCGCCAGCCUGUGUGGUAAAGCUCUUCUUCCUGCUGCUCUUCCCUACCGCACGCUAGCCCGGAGCCGCAUUCCCCGUCCCAGCAUGAGUCAGGGCUGCAGUCGCGACACCAGUCGCGAGAGCAGCCGCGACACCAGCCCCGCUCGGGGCUUCACUCCUCUGGCCUCCCGACGUCACUCCCGUUCAACCAGCGCUCUCUCCACAGCCGACCCCCACGGCCAGUCAGACCGAUAUGGUUUGAUUCACCAAGCAAGAAUCUCUGCGUCAGUUAACGCCAUGAGGGUCCUAAACACGGGCACAGAGGUGGAGGCAGCUGUAGCUGAUGCUUUGCUUUUAGGAGACUCCAGGAAUAAGAGGAAGCCGUUGAGGCGGAGGUACGAGUCACCGGGGAUGUACUCUGACGACGAUGCCAACAGCGAUGCAUCGAGUGCCUGCUCAGAGCGCUCGUAUAGCUCGAGGAACGGAGGCAUCCCUCACUACCUCCGCCAGACGGAGGAUGUGGCGGAGAUCCUGAACCACUGCGCCAGCUCCAACUGGUCAGAGAGGAAGGAGGGCCUGCUGGGCCUGCAGAAUCUCCUCAAGAGCCAAAGAAUACUGAGCCGAGUGGAGCUGAAGAGACUUUGUGAAAUCUUUACCAGGAUGUUUGCAGAUCCACACAGCAAGGUAAUGAAGGCCAUGUUUCUGGAGACUCUGGUGGACUUUGUCACGGUGCACAGGGAGGACCUGCAGGACUGGCUCUUUGUCCUGCUCACUCAGCUGCUGAAGAAGAUGGGGGCAGACCUGCUGGGCUCAGUCCAGGCCAAAGUCCAGAAGGCCCUGGAUAUCACAAGGGAGUCUUUCCCGUUUGACCAACAGUUCAACAUUCUGAUGAGGUUUAUCGUGGAUCAGACUCAGACGCCCAAUCUCAAGGUGAAGGUGGCCAUUUUGAAGUACAUCGAGUCCCUGGCUCGGCAGAUGGACCCGACGGACUUUGUCAACUCCAGCGAGACUCGCCUGGCCGUGUCACGGAUCAUCACCUGGACCACGGAGCCCAAAAGCUCAGAUGUCAGGAAGACCCUUCAUAACUGGGUGAGCGAGGAGCUAGCUGGCAGGUCCAGCUCUGCUGCCUUACUGUCUGCUGAAGGCAACCAGGAAGACAGGUGUAAGCAGGCGGCUCAGGUGGUUCUGAUCUCUUUGUUCGAGCUCAACACCCCGGAGUUCACCAUGCUGCUGGGCGCUCUGCCUAAGACCUUCCAGGACGGAGCCACCAAACUGCUGCACAACCACCUGAAGAACUCCAGCAACACCAGCAGCAGCAGCGUGGGAUCUCCGAGCAACACCAUUGGUCGGACGCCUUCACGUCACACCCCCAGCAGAACCAGCCCCCUCACCUCUCCGACAAACUGUUCCCACGGAGGACUAUCUCCAAGUCGGUUAUGGGGUUGGGGUGUCGACGGACUUUCAAAGCACCCUCCUGCCCCUCCUCCUCCUCCUCCUCAGCCCCACUCCACCCCUGCUGCCCCCUCCUUAAGGGUCCUGCGCAGAGCAUAUUCACCAAGUAUGAUGGAGUACGACACUGAGAACAUGAACUCUGAAGAGAUCUACAGCUCCUUACGUGGCGUCACAGAGGCCAUCCAGAGCUUCAGCUACCGGAGCCAGGAGGACCUGAAUGAGCCGAUCAGACAGGAGGGCAAGAGGGACGAUGCAGCAGGACGAGAAGGCGUAGCGUCCUCUCCCGGCUCAGACGCCCGCCUGGGCUUGGACGUUGUUGAAGGGGGUCGCACCGCCUUGGACAACAAGACCUCACUGCUCAACACGCCUUCACCCCGCUCGUUCUGUGGCCCGCGGGGUCGGGAAUUCGCACCUUACGGUUACGGCGAAACCAUCUGCACGUAUGACAAGAGCGCCCUGAAGGAGGCCGUGUUUGACGACGAUGUGGAGCAGUUCAGAGACUGCCGACGUCAGGAAAGCGGUGAAAACAAGAUGACGCUCCCCAAGGUCUUUGGACCCGUUAAAGUCGGUCAGGACCACUCAGACAUGGUAGCGGACCUUCUUAAGGAACUGUCCAAUCACAACGAGCGUUCUGAGGAGCGUAAAGGCGCCUUGGUGGAGCUGCUGAAGAUCACACGAGAAGACAGCACGGCCGUGUGGGACGAACACUUUAAAACCAUCCUCCUCCUGCUGCUGGAGACGCUGGGUGAUAAAGAUCACACCAUCCGAGCUUUGGCCCUUCGUGUGCUGAAAGAAAUUCUGAGGAACCAGCCGGCCCGCUUCAAAAACUAUGCCGAGCUCACCAUCAUGAAGACCCUGGAGGCUCACAAAGACUCUCACAAAGAGGUGGUGCGUGCAGCAGAGGAGGCAGCUUCCACGCUGGCCGGCUCCAGCCAUCCAGAGCAGUGCAUCAAGGUCCUGUGUCCUAUUGUGCAGACAGCUGACUACCCCAUCAACCUGGCUGCUAUCAAGAUGCAAACCAAAGUCAUUGAACGCAUCGCCAAGGACCCCUUACUGCAGCUGCUGCCCGACAUCAUCCCGGGACUCCUGCAGGGCUAUGACAACACUGAGAGCAGCGUUCGCAAGGCCAGCGUGUUCUGUCUGGUGGCUAUCUACUCUGUGAUUGGCGAGGACCUCAAACCCCACCUGGCACAGCUCACGGGCAGCAAGAUGAAGUUACUGAACCUGUAUAUCAAACGAGCCCAGACCACCAACAGCAACAGCAGCAGCUCCUCCGACGUCUCCUCCCACAGUUAAUUCAGGAAGUCGUGAUCUGGAAACUCUGAGGAGGGACAGCGUUCAUGGAUCUCCACCCGCUGUUCUUUCAGACCUCUGAGCUUCCCCCUCCUCCUCGUCCUCCUCGUCAUGACUAGAGCUCAACUUACUCCACUCACGCUUUCCUCCUGACUCGAGGAGAUCCUUUCAGCCACAUGUUCGUCUUUCGGAUCCUCUUCUCCAUUUUAGCUCCAGAAACGUUUGAAUGUAACUGCGGAUCAGUUUGAAAAUCUGGAGGAGGAGUUUAUGUGGAUAUAGGAAAUGCCUUCUUUUUUUUUUCCAUCCUCCACAACCAUAACACCACCUUUCUUCAAAAAAAAAAAAAUGUUGUCCUCGUGCCCUCAGAAUUAAAAUCAUCAGGAGUUGGUAGAUUAGAGGAGGGAAUGUUGUUUCUGUCAACUUCACUUUAAGUUUAGCAUGAAAUGUCAUUUGGCUGGCCCAGUGAUGGUAAUACGCCCCUCUGGAUUGGGAUAAAUUCUGGUUCUUUGAGUGUAAAAAUCAAAAAAAAAAAAAGUGAUGUGUAAGGGAACAUCACGCUGGAAAAUGUCAGAGCAUAUUUAGUUCCCUUUAUUGAUCAGGAUAGAGACUCAGACGCCUGUAUGUGGAGGGCUUUUUUUGUUUUUUUUAAAGCUCAUUUGUAAUUCAGGGUGGCUCAACCAAUUGAAUCCUUCACUAAUGAAAGUGUUAAAUUAAACAAGUUGCCAAAAGAUACAUUUCCAGCGACAGAAUUGACAAUCCUUUAAGUUCUGUGCAGGUUUUUGAAGUAGCAGACGAUGUUAAACUGAGCUGAUGGAAAGUUACAUUGCCUGUGUUUUCACACUGAAAAUACUUUGAUUUAUUGAACAGCUAUUUUUGUUUUGUUCGGAUUGCUUUUGGAAAAAAAAACUGUUGCCUGCGGUUUGCCCAGUUUUUGGCAUCUUACCCUGUAAAUCUCUGAGACUGCUGCUCGAGUGGAGCGCCGGCUUGAAGAGGAAGUCUCUUGUAAAUACUGCACAUGUGGAUUUGAGAGGGAGACCCAUGAUCCAAGUCAUUCAUGAAAGACAUUCCCAGGCCUUAUUCACUUCACAUACACACUGAUAAUGUUUGCUGACCGGGGCUGCAGAGAGUGAAUGACAUGUACAGUACUGUAACUGUCGGCUCUCUAAAAGAAAUGUGAAUGUGCAGGAAGAAGGAGCCUGUGUGUGUGUGUGUGUGUGUGUGUGUGUGUGUGUGUGUGUGUGUUUGUGCGUGUUUGUGCGUGUGUGUGUGUGUGUGUGAGAGUGUGUGUGUGUGUGUGUGUUCUGGACCUGUGAUGAUACAAACACAGUAUUAGUCGUUUCCUCCGGCCUCCUACACGUAACCACAGCUUCUGCAAUGAACUCACAAACAAAGGUAUUUUGUACAUACACUUUUGGACCACUGCUUCGCGAAAAUUUGUUAAAAAAAAAAAAGAAGAGUGAACAGUUUGAUGAUCUCACUUUUUUUGCACGUUGCCCAAAUAGCUUGCAUGAAACCUGCAGCACACGUGUCAACUCUGUGCCCCUGAGGUUUUGGUUUUUUUUGGUUUUUUUUGGCUGUUAAAGUGCACUUGUUACAUCAUCAGAUUACUCAUCUGUAAUUUAAUGUUUCAGUCGGUGAGUUCAGUUGUCCCUUUAGGUACGAACGGAGCAGGAAGUGUGACCUGCGUCACGUUGAAGGUUUAAACUGGUGAAAAGAAGCUUUCAGGAAAACCUCUGGGCACAGAUUUUACCUUUUAUUUCUUAAGAAUAAUUCCAUUUAUUUAUUUUCAUGGACCCUGGUUUGAAUUAAUUUGGGGCCUUUUUAAAGCUUUUUUUGGGGGGGGGGGGAGUUUGCUUUAUGGGGUAGGACAGCUGAAGAGAGAGAGGACAUGCUGGGAGUAGAGAGUGGGGGAUGACAUGCAGAAAAGGGCCGAGGUCAGAUUUAAACCCACGGCUGCUACGAUGAGGAUUUACGGCCUCUGUACAUGGGGGCGUGGGACAUCACCGCUAGGCCCCAUUUGGGAUCUUUUUGACUGAAAGUUAAAAAAAAAAGCUUUUGAAUUGCUCCAGUAGAUUGCUUCAGCCUGCGGUGUUGAAACAGACUGCAACACAAUCACGACUACACUCGAUAAAAGAAGUAAAACCAAGGUGUCUGACAAUCUCUGGAAAAGAUUCCAACAGAUAUCAAACUUUCUUCUCACAGGAAUCAGAUCGUAGACCGCUCCGUUGCUCUCGUCAGAGCUGCCGGACUCCGUUGACAAGAACAGUUUAUUCAACUUCGCAAAGCAUGGGAGCUGCUGAUGUACCGCUGCCUCGACUUGUUAGUCUGGUUUUGUUUUGAACUGCGAUGUUUGAAACGCUUUGUUCUGAUCCGACACCAUAUUUGUUGUACACGUAGCAUUUCACAUGAAAACACUGAGGUAGAUAAGCCCCUCCCCUGCUCUGUGUGGUCAGUCGCUUGUUUUACGAGUGGAUUCUGGAGGCUUUGAAGAGAGAGAGGAAAAGUCUGCUUGUGAGUUUCAGUUGUUUUCUCAACAUCUCGUCUUAUUUAUCUCGUCAUCUCAGGAUGAUGAUGCUGAAUUUCCCGUGAUAACAAGUGGAUUUCUCGAGAUCUGGAGAAAAGUCGUCAUCACAGGAAAACCAGAGUUUUUAUCCGGAGAGAACGAGAUAAAUAUGUCGAGAUCUCGAGAUUAAAAACGGAGUUAAAUAAAAACGUAUGGAUAUCUGUGGAUGUACUUUCUGACAACGACCCAGAGCAUUACAUCCCAGAAAUUUGAGUUAUUUCACUGCUGCCAACUGAAGAAAUCGAAAGGUGCAGUCCUUUAAGUUUUUAGACCUUUAAGUCAUUUCGACCACAGAGAACGGAGCAACGAGGUCAAGUUUAUAAAGGCAGCGUCCCCCUUUAAGUUUUAAAAUGUUUGAUUCCUGCAGGAGGAUCUCUCUUCAAAGUCAAGCUCUCCCCCGAUCGAGAAGAGUUCGCCCAACAAAUCUGUGUUUUAUUCUUUUAUAUUUGGUUGUGGGUUCAGUAAAUCUCAUGUUGGGAGGGAUUAUGACCCCUCUUCUCUCUCUUUUUUUCAAAACCUCUAAAUUAGUUAUGCGAUUGAUAAUGAAAUGAAGCUGAUUUUGCCCGGACACAGUGAGAGACUCACAGUUUAAGGGAAUAGGGACGGCUUUGUCGGGUUUAUUUAAUGAAAUGAAUGUUUUCAUUUGAUGUACUGGUACUGACACACAACAUGUAGCCCUGUGCAACAGGUUCCUGUCCGCACUCAAACUUCCCCUUUUCUUUCUCCUGGUCACUUCAAACCUUCAACCCGCCUGGUUUUCUCCCCCUCAUGAGAGUUCAUCCACACGGGGCUUUAAAACAACACGUCACUCAGCCAACAAACCGAUCACUCGCCUCUGUUGUCCUGGAAACCGAAGAGAUGGGAAACCCUGCAAACUGUUCACUAUGCAUGUUCUACAGUCCUUCUUCUUUUGGUCUCAGUCGCUCAUGUAAUAUUCAACCCUGUAUUUAUAUAUUUUAUUUGUUCUCCUAUGAUGAACUGUACAGAACUUUUCUUUUGUUUACUUCCACCUGUGAUAGAUUUGCAACAAUGUAAAGAAAUUGUUUGCUCUAGAAAUAAACAAAGAACUGA